UGACUCUUGCUGUGGAUUUACAAGCAAUGACUUUCGGUUACGUUUUUAAUCACACAAGCGUCAGUGCACACAACGCCAGGGACCGAGAGUGUCAAAGUGUACAGAGCGCUACAACAGACAUGGCAUCAGCACAGCCAAACUACACUGAGAAACCGGAGCUUGGCGACUUGAUAGAAAUCUCCCGUGGCACCUAUAAGCAUUGGGCAGUAUACAUCGGCGAUGGCUGUGUUGUUCAUUUGGCCCCAGAUUCCGAAGUCCCGGGUGCGAGUGCGAGCAGUUUGAUGUCCGUCCUAACAAACACGGCCAUCGUGAAGAAGGAGGAGCUGCGGAAGGUGGUGCGUACCAGCCCCUGGAGAGUAAACAACUUGUUGGACACAAUUUACCAGCCUCGUCCUGUCGACUUGAUCGUGAGCGAUGCCCUUCAUUUGGUGGGCGAACAACUGCCAUACGACAUUGUCAGUGAAAAUUGCGAGCACUUUGCCACCUGGCUGCGUUAUGGCAAGCCCCAGUCUCAGCAGGUGCAACAAGCGGGAGAAGCAUUUGCGGUUGCAGGUAUCACGACCUUGUGUGCUCUACCCAUUGCAGCUCUGAUAACAACUCUGCUCAGAGACAAGAACAAGCGCAAACAGUAAUACAAAACUGGACACUGGCCUUUGAAUUCAGUGAUUCACCAGGAAAGCUUCACGCAUACUGUAAGCAGUCUCAUAAAAAGGGAUUCACAUUACCCUAAUAAUGUCAUACGUUUAUCAUUGUAUCACCUCAUAAAUAGGAGCAAUUGCAAUUAAAACAAUUUAGAUUUGUACUGUUUUUGAAUUUAAAUGGAGUUUGACAAGAAUUUGAAACCUUUUUAUCUGUUUGAUAAAAAGUGUCUGUUUACCCGUGACACUCUGGAGGAGGUGGGCAACAGAAGGAUGCUAACUAAGCUAAAAGCUAUGAUGGCCAGUGCCUCCCACCCCCUCCAGCCCACCCUGACAGCACUUGGUAGCUCGCGCUGCAAGAAGGAGAGAUAGACGCUCGUUCCUACAGACUGCUGUCAGGCUGCUGAAUAAAAAUAACAAUAACAAUAACAAUAAUAAUAAUUAAAUGAUGUGAAAGACAAUUGUAAAUAGCACUGCGAUUUAUCCAUUUUUUGUUUAUAUUGCACUUAAUUGAACGGCGUUUGUUGUUUUUUUUCUUCUUUCUUCUUUCUACCUACAUUCUUGCUGCUGGAGGCUG